AUGGAAGUACGAAUAGCCAGGGAGAUGAUUUGGCUGUCGGUGAUGUUGGUUUCAAUAGCUUUUGAUAGACUGAUUGCUGGAAACGAAUUCCAAAACAACUUAUCUGCCGAGGACUACCUUAUUAAUGAAUUGUUUUCCAAUUAUUCCGUUGCUACACGUCCUGUGAAUGACAGCAGCGAAUCAGUGAACGUGCAUCUGUACAUGACAAUUAAUCAACUUAUAGACGUGGAUGAACGGUACCAAAUAAUCACCACUCGAGUAUGGCUUCACCAGCAAUGGAACGAUACACGACUGAAAUGGAACCCAGAACAAUAUGGCGGACUAAACACAAUUGUGGUUACCAUGGAUACUAUAUGGACACCUGAUACGUCACUGUUAAACAGCGCCGACAGCGAAUUUGGCGGUUUUCCCAGGAUGUACCUUCCUGACUUGACAGCAGUUAUUACGUCCGCGGGAACAGUGAUCCAGUCGAUUCCAGCCAUACUAAGGACUCCAUGCACCAUGGAUAUAACCUACUUCCCAGUGGACACCCAAAUAUGUUAUAUAAGGUUCGGACUGUGGAUGUACGUCAACAGACAAGUGCAGCUGAUCUUGAAAAGAGAUAACGUACCAAAGGAAAACUUCGUGCCUAACUCUGAGUGGGAUAUUAUUGGGACGAGAGGGCGCGCUGCGAUCUCUCCGUUUCUCUUAAUCAACAAUGAGCCCUGUACCGACGUGACUUUUGAUAUAACGAUAAAACGGAAACCAUUAUACUAUGCAGCGAACUUGAUCAUUCCAUGUGUGUUGGUGAACUUCCUUACUGUUGUUGUGUUUUCGCUUCCAUCGGACUCCACUGAAAAAGUUAAUUUAAGCAUUUCCCUUCUACUAACGCUCUAUGUCUUCAGCCUACUCGUGGCGGAGUUGCUUCCACCGACAUCCAAUAUGGUGCCGAUGCUCACCGCCUAUUUGAUAUUCAGUAUGAUGUUAAUAGCUGUGUCUGUAUCUAUGACAACACUGGUUGCCAUGGUGUGCCAGAACUCAACUGGGAGGCGUCACGUGCCACACUGGGUUAAAGUGGUUUUCUAUCGGGGAAUCGCAAAAAUAAUAUUUGUAGAUGUGGAUAAAAAAUUCUUCCGCUGUAUGUCACCCAGGGCAAAAUUAAAACGCUGCCAAAAGUUUAACAAUGUGUACGAUGCUUUUGAAGGCGAGACUUCAUUUAUAGCGUUAAGAGAACGAGCUCGAGAGGAAGCGGAAAUACAGCACACACUAGGACUGGUCCAUAGCCAUGUGUCGGCUAUAAAGACUCACUGGAAGCGAAACCCGGUGAAGAAUUCCUCACAUCAUUUUCAAACCAAUUCAAAACAGGGAAUGUAUUGGAGAAAACAAAUACGGCAAAUGCGAAACUGUUUUACAACAGGACUCGAACAAAAAACUGCUAAAAUGUCCAAGUACCUUAGUGUAUUUUUGCAGCAUUUGGUUCCAAACGAGGAGAGGAUCGAGAUCCAGGAAGAGUGGAAACUCCUUGUUGCUAUUAUCGAUCGGCUCUUGCUUCUGUUCUUUGCUGCUUGCAGUUCUCUUGGAGCUACUAUUAUGCUAUCAAAGAUCACGUGA